AUGCUGUCAUUUACAUCUAUAGUGAAGGUAUCAGACUAUAUAUUGUCAAGACCAACCUUGUCCAAGAUUGUUGUUCCAGUAGCCAAGACCUUCUGUGCUUACGCUGGUUACAGAGAGAUGGGAUUAAAGUUCAAUGAUUUGAUCUUGGAAGAAACACCUAUCAUGCAAAAGGCUAUUUCUAGAUUGCCUCCUAAUGAGAGUUAUGCUAGAGUCUACAGAAACAUCACCGCCCAUCAGUUAUCCUUGUCUCAUGAGUUAUUACCUCCAAACAAAGCUGUCAAGCCUGAAGAAGACAACCAUUACUUGGUUCCAUACAUCUUAGAAGCCGAGAAGGAAGCCUUCGAAAGAGCUGAAUUAGACAACAUUGAAGUCACCAAGUGA